AUGUCUACACCUCCACGCUCAGAGACAGAGGGGAAGGAGCCGGGGACGAGGCACGUGGAGUCGCACAAUAUCAACGAUGUCACCCGGGUUCUAGAGAAUGAUGGCACGACGGCCAAGGUCGUCCACGCUGAUGGCACCAUCGACUACGUCGACGCUCAUGCGUUGGGCGGCGAGGCCGAUGUGAUGCCAAAGGGCUACUUUCGCAGUCCCCAGUUCAUCGGCACGGUGAUGGCGCAAUGUCUCGCCAGUAUUUGCGCGUACCUGGGCUGGGUGCUUCCGGCCAACACACUAAACCUCAUCAACGCCGACCUCGGACCAUCAGCCAGCAUCACCUGGGCCGCCACCAUCUGGACCAUGGGUUCCUCCAUCGGCUUCCUCCUCGUCGGUCGUCUGUCCGAUCUCUACGGCCGAAAGUGGAUGGUCUUGAGCACCACGGCCCUCGGUCUCAUCGGCUGCAUCCUCGGCGGGACCGCACGCAACGUCGCCAUGCUCAUCGUCGGCAUGGGCUGCAACGGUCUCGGUGCGGCGGGCCAGCUGUCCUUUGGCAUCGUCCUCGGCGAGCUCGUGCCCAACAAGCAGCGAGGCCCCAUUGUCACGCUCGUCUUCAUGUCCUCGCUGCCCUUUGCCGUCUUUGGUCCCGUCAUUGCGCGGACCCUGAUCCGGGACACCUCGGAAGGCUGGCGAUGGAGCUUCUACAUUGGCAUCAUCCUCAACUUUGGCGCCCUCGUGCUCUACCAGUUCCUCUACCACCCGCCCACCUUCAAGCAGCUCCACGUCGGCAAGACCCACUGGGACCAGACCAAGGAGCUCGACUUUAUCGGCAUCUUCCUGUUCGUUGCUGGCUGCGUCCUAUUUCUCAUCGGUCUCUCGUGGGGUGGCUCGACGUACCCCUGGACCAGUGCCGAGACCCUGUGCCCCCUGCUUAUUGGCAUCGCGACUGUUGCAGGCUUCUUCGUCUAUGAAUCCUACUUCUGCCGCGUGCAGCCUCUCAUGCCCCCUCGCAUGUUCCGCAACGUUGGAUUUGUCGCCAUCAUCUCUAUUGCCACCAUUGCCUCCAUGGUCUACUACUCCAUGACAGUGCUCUGGCCCACCAUCAUCGGCAGCGUCUUUGGCCGCUCGUCAAUGGAGAUUGGUUGGGACUCGUCCGUCGUCGGUGGUGGCGUCCUCCUCGGCCAAGUCUUUGCCGGUUUCGCCAUCUCCUACGUCCCCAAGGUCAAGAUCCAGUGCGUCGUUGCUGCAGGCCUCAUCCUCGUCUUCUUCACUGCCCUCACGACACUGGAUCCCGACCACCGGUCCAUGGCCAUCGCCUUUGGCGUCGUAGGCUGCACAGCCGUCGGCUACCUGGAGAACAUCUCCUACCCCGGUGUCACGCUCCUCUGGGAGCCGCAGGACAUUGGUCUCGCCACCGGUGUUCUCGGAUCGAUUCGUGGUCUUGGCGGUGCCGUUGCCCAAGCGCUGUACAGCUCCAUCUACAGCAACAAGUUGACCGACUACAUGCAGCAGUACGUCGUACCGGCUGCCACAGACGCUGGCCUGCCGGCCGACUCGAUCCCGGCCUUGUUCGCGGGCAUCACCGCGGGGGAUUUCUCUGCUGUGCCCGGCAUCAACUCGGACAUCAUCGCUUCUGUCAGCGAGGCGCUGGUCAGGGCGAACACGAACGCCUUCAGGAUGGUGUUUUACGCGACGAUUCCGUUCUCUGUCAUUGUCUUGGUUUCAGCGUGCCUAGUGCCCAAUGUUGAGAAGUACCUGACACAAAAUGUCGCCAAGAGGUUGCAGGACAACCAGUUCAAGGCGGAUUUCAAGGAAAAGCGACCCGAGUCUGCAUGA